AUGACCUCCCAGUCCAUCAUUUUGAAGUUAAUCAUGUUGUUCUCGGCUGCAUACUUCUCGACGUUGUGUGGUCGAUCGCCACAGCCGACUCCCAAGAGGUGUGAGGAGUCCAAGUUUUCCGGACUAGAGAUGCCAGGCUUCAGGACGAUCGUCAGAUGGCUCCCUCAGCUCGUCGUAACACCAUCCAUUUGGAUGACCCUUUUCUGUCAUGCAGCAUCUGCCCUCUGCACGUACAAGCCACAUGGCAUGCUCGCGGCAACGUUCCCGCGCGAACGUCUCGUAUCAAUUUGCAAUACCCAAACCGGAAUCCUCACCUUCGGGUUUGUGGCAGGGUGGCUACUGAUUGCAGCAGGUACUGCAGUUCGUAUAACGUGCUACCGUCAACUCGGACGAUACUUCACCUUUGAGCUCGCCAUACGAGAAGGCCACGAGCUUAUCACUACCGGACCAUAUUCCAUCGUUCGCCACCCGGCUUAUUCGGGAAGUAUCAUGGCACUCACUGGUGUCGCGCUCAUCGAACUAGGUCCAGGAUCAUGGUGGGCGGACAUGGGAAUUUGGACUACUACUGGUGGUGUGGCGGCUGCAUUGACCUGGUUAGGCGUUUUGGGCAUCAUGUCAUCUGGCAUCAUUAUCAGGACGGCGGCAGAGGACAGGGUGCUGAGCAAAGAAUUCGGCGAACAAUGGGAUGCAUGGGCGAGGAACACGCGAUAUAAGCUUUGUCCAACUCUAUUCUAA